UAUCUGUUUCAGCCCCUGAAUGGGUGAUUGCCAGGGCACCCCUGUGUUUAAACCGAGUUAUUUUGCCCACAUGGACGAGAGCUCCGCUCACAUUCUGAAAGACAAAAUCUCAUCCAUCCUCUAGAAGGGGCGAUUCGAGUUGCAAUCAAGGCUUUUACUCUCACUAUUUCCUGGUCACGAAAAAGGACGGAUCUCUCUGUCCUAUUCUGGAUCUCAGAAUGUUGAACAAACAUUUAAGGAAAUACAAUUUCAGAAUGCUAUCACACGGCUCCUUGUACGUUCAAUAAAGCAGAACAAUUGGUUCUGCUCAACCGAUCUCAGCUGUGUUUUUAUCCAUAUAAGCAUCUAUCUCCGCACAUCACAUUCCUUCGUUUCACCUACUAAGGCGUGCGUUAUGGAUUCACGGUCCUUUCGUUCGGGCAUCUUUCUUACAAUUUGGUGACCCCGACGUGAUACUCUCGACCAGUGAUCAGAAGUAAGAACUGACGGCCAUCGGUAGAACUUAUUCUUCCACAGAGUUGAAGAGGGGGAAUGGUCUAAGUAAGCCCGUGGAUGACCCCAGUCGCACCUCAGACCUUCCUGUGCCGCCUCUUCGGACAUUCUCCACAUUGCAGGAAGUGUCGGGAGAAGCAGCGAGGAACUGAACAGCAACCUCUUCCUGAGAAAAGCGCAGCCAGUGACCGGUAUGGCUGCCAUCGUUCUACUACUCCUCACCCUGCUUGGGACAGGGUUACCCGUCCAAGCCCAUCCACAUGACAACACCUUUUGGCAGUUCGCCAAUUGGACCGCACGACAGCACACCAACGAGUCCUGCUAUGUGUGUCAGGCUUUCCCGAUGUCAACCACCGCCACUAGCCUAAAACCCCGCAAUGACACUCUCACGGACACCCUUGUAGCCAUGGCACAUAUUUGUAUUACUGAUACCUGCAUAUCACAAAAUCAUACCUAUGCCUCGCAGAAUUAUACUCAUUGGUCAUAUCUUAACCACACUGGUAGUAGAUGGUGUCAGAAUAACACCGACAAGUCUACUUGUAUCUCAGCCCUUCGGACCACCCUUAAGAUGGAUACUAGAAGUAAUGCUUACAUCCCGGGUUUCCAGGCUUUUCAGGGACCUAAUCAUCAGUAUGUAGUAUGCAUGGAAAGAAAUAGUAGUACCAUUUUGGGUAAGUUAGCAAGGAAAAGCUGUAAUCAAACUUAUGUUGAACGUAGAGGGAAGAACGCGACAGGUUGUUCAUUACAUCCUGGGGAGAAUGGCACCACCUGGAAGCAGGAUUGGUAUUGGGUGUGUGGGAAAAGGGUUUAUUUGUAUUUACCUACGGGCUGGGGAGGGAGGUGUGCAUACACCCGAUUCUCCGCCCACCUAUCUAUAAUACUGCAUAAUCGCACUCACAAUGUUCGUCACAAGAGAGAUGCAACUGAUCAGUCAUUUCCACCUCCUGAACAUCAACUGAAAACCAAGCUCGCCAAAUUCGGGGAUGUUUUUUUUCCACGGAUGGGUGUAACCCACUUGUGGAAUCAGAUCGAGGUAACACACUAUCGUCUAGCCACGUUUGCCAAUGAGACAAUCCGAGCCAUUGAGGGUGUUCGAACCGAGCUUACAGCCCUUCGCUUAACGGCCGUGCAGAAUCGCCUGGCCCUAGACAUGCUCCUUGCUGCUCGCGGGGGGGUUUGCGCGGUUAUAGGCGAUAGCUGUUGUACGUUCAUACCCGCCCACGAUGAUGCUCAUGGAGAAAUAAGCCAAGCCGUCGAAAAAAUGCGAAACACCAUACAUGCGAUUAAGGAAGACGAACAGGGUGAUAAGAGCGGGUGGGGAAUCUGGUAUGUCCUAUUUGGGCAAUGGACACCCUAUCUGUCCAUGGUUGUUCCUGUGUAGGUAAUUGUACUUUUAUUAUGUGUUUUUGGACCAUGUAUUUUCCGCUGCCUAAUGAAUCGUGUUUGGGCCUUAGCAGCCGCUCUCCGAGAACCGCAGUGCAUGCGUUUGAGAAAUCCUUCUAAUGAUCAAUACACUGAUACAUUCAUGUAAUUAUACUUAUUAGUUAUUAAGUAUAAAAGAGGGGAUUGUUGAAAUGUAUUCUUUAGUAGCCUUGGCGAACCUUCCUAUCUUGACCUCGCAUAUUCUGACUUAGAUGUUUAUGUCUUUGCUGUCCUGUACAUUUUGUGCUAUCGCGUGUACAGAAUAAUAGAAGACCAAGGGCGUUCAGCUAGACGAUAGCUGUAAGCACAUCCUGUUCCUUGGCUUGGCCGCCGCUUGAGCGAAUUCUACCCCUGAAGUUCAGUUUGCGCCAGGACCACGGCAGUAAUCUGAUCAUGUUCCCUUUUUUCUUUGUCCUUAUAUUCCUUUUCGGGAGAUCAGUUAUUUUGUCAUGCGGAGAUGCGGAAGCCGAAAUACAAGCAAACAGAGUUUAUUUGCAAAAGGCAAAGCCAACACAAAUACUCGCUGUAAAGCGGAUUAUCAGGUGGUGCACUCCGGGAGCACGGCCCACAAGUCCAUGGACUGAUGAGAGGCAGUCAGCAAAUAUAAUCCACACAGAGUAAACAACAAAAGCAGUACUGGAAGGAGCGGCGUAAUCCAGGACACGAUUCGGGAGGGAAGCGAAGCCGUGGAGAAAUGUCAGGAGUCCGAGACAAACAGGUACGUAAAGGGAACGCGCAUACGUGACUAUGAUCACACCAUGAGCCUAUACACUCGUACAUGAACCUGCAAUAACCGACAGGGAGUGCGGGUUAAUGAAGGGUUUAAGUAGGGGCUGGUGAUGAGCGGGUGAAUGAGCAUCAGGUGUGCCCAAUGAAGCCGAGAGCUCAGGAGCUCUGUGCGGGUGGGGCACGCACAAGAGAAGGGGCAGGGCAUUCCCCGAAGCACAGAGGUUAGACAGCCGCCGAAGGGGGCAUGGCAGGGGGAUUCCUGACAGUAACAUUCUAUUUGCACAAUUUACAUUGGCAGGGUCUGCCAUCUUGUAUUUUUGGCUUGUUGUUUUUGAUUGCACUU